AUGGGCACAGGAAUUGUCGCCGUGUUGAUGAACUCGGUGCCUUUUCACGCCCCAGUUCUCUAUUACCUGUCUAUUGUCUUCUUCCUGCUCAACGUGGUGAUCUUCUCGCUGGCGUUGAUCAUCUCCAUCCUUCGAUACACCUUGUAUCCGGAAAUUUGGCGAGUCAUGAUCCAGGACCCAACCAACUCGCUCUUCCUGGCCACGAUCCCCAUGGGGUUCGCGACACUCAUCGAGAUGUGGGUCUUGAUCUGUGUUCCGCGAUGGGGUCCCUGGGCCACGUCCGUUGCAUGGGCACUAUGGAUGGUGGAUGUCAUUGCGGCAGCCUCGGUCACUCUUUCUCUCUCCUUCGUUUUGAUCUCUCAACGAUAUAUCACGUCGCUUGACCGCAUCACUGCCCUCCAACUAUUGCCCAUUGCAGCGACCAUCGUUGCGGCCGGGGUCGGUGCCAAGGUCGCUGAUAUCUUGCCAAAUGAACAGCAUGCAUUAGGCACUUUGCUCGUUUCUUUUGUUCUCUGGGGAAUGGGCACCCCGUUAGCAGUGGCUGUGCUGGUCAUCUAUUACCAGCGGUUGGCGGUUCACAAACUCCCUCCACGAGAGGCCAUCGUGAGUUGCUUUCUGCCUCUGGGGCCUCUUGGCUUUGGUGGCUUUGGAAUAAUCUAUAUUGGGAAAGUUGCCCGGGGGCUUUUGCAAGACUCCGACAUCCUGGACCCCAUUGCAGGCUCCAUGGCCUACGUCUUGGGCGUGUUCAUCUCCCUUCUCAUGUGGAGCUUUGGGUUGAUCUGGCUCGUCUUUGCAUUGGCAACGGUGCUCUACAGCUCUCCAUUUCCGUUCAACAUGGGAUGGUGGGGAUUCACGUUCCCAUUGGGUGUUUACGCGGCGAACACGAUGGUACUGGGAGUAGAACUGGACAUGAUGUUUUUCAAAGUCUUCGGAACAAUCUUGAGCACAGCAGUAUUGUUGCUAUGGGCCCUCGUUGCAUCCCGAACGGCGGUGGGUGCCUGGCGUGGCAAUCUGUUCUUCGCCCCGUGUCUCCAAAAUUUGAUCCUGAAAGAAAAUGACGAGGAAACUGAUGCCGCUCAGCAUCGAGCAUGA